AUGGCUUGCCAGUCUUUGGUUCUCCUCUGCCUCGCCGCUGGCUUCAGCGCCAUCCAAGCAGGAGUAAUAGCACCAGCUCCCGUAGCAGCGGUCGCGCCGGUGGCUCCCGUUUUGGCCAGAGUUGAAAACGAUGCGGUGCCCCAGUACAGCUUCGCCUACGACGUGCAGGACGCACUUACCGGCGACUCCAAGGCCCAGUUCGAGACUCGCAACGGCGACAUCGUUCAGGGUAGCUACUCUCUGAUUGAAGCCGACGGCACCCGUCGUAUCGUCGACUACACGGCCGACCCCAUUAACGGUUUCAACGCCGUGGUCCAGCGCGAGCCCGCUGUCGCUGCUGCUGUGGCCCCAGUCGUCGCUAAAACCGUCGUCGAGGCUGCGCCAGCCGUGGUCGAAGCCGCGCCUGCCGUGGUUACCGCUGCUGCACCUCUCGUCGCCAAAGCCGCUGCCCUUGCUCCGGCCUCAGUCGUUACCAGAACCGUGGCUGCCGCGCCAGCCCCAGUCGUUACCAGAACCGUGGCCGCAGCACCAGCCCCAGUUUUCGCCAGGACUGUCGCUGCCGCACCUUUGGCACCAAGACCCGUUUACGGCGCUCCAGUGUUGGCUAGGACUGCUGUCGCCUCCGCGCCUGUUGCUACUGCUGCUGCCGCUGCUCCAGUCUUCUCUAGGACUGCCGUUUCUGCGCCUGUUGCUGCAAUCGCUGCUCCUGCCUACCAAACCUACACCUUACCCCGAGCAGUUGCCACGAGACUCGGAGUCCCUGUUCAGUAUAUUUUAUAA